UGCCCUUUAUUUCACUAUCACCUCUUAUAUCCAACAUCUGAGCUAUCAAUUCCAAUUUACAUACCACAACACAUAUUAUCACUCACUCACAAUCAACACCAAAAUGCCAAAAAACACUGUUAUUGAAUUACAAAGAUUAUAUCAAAACUCUGAUAAAUCACUAUGGAUGAGACACCCUCGUUCUAAAUUCUACAUCUACCCUUUCUGGGGUUUAUUUGCUUUUACCACCGGUGCCACUCUUUAUUACUCUGGUAGAGCCAUUCUCGGAAUCAAAGAGAAGAAAUAAGUCUAGUAUCUGUUUAUUUUAAUUUUAUUUGAUUUGAUUUAAUGUACUCUACACUAUUCACAGGAUGAUUUAAAUGAUAUUUUAAUAACAAUAACUUUGGUUGAUUUAUUUCCAAUAUUAAUAUUCAAAGAAAAAAAAUUGAAAUUCUUGGUGCUCGCUUUUUUUUUUUUUAG